CAGUGCUUUAGGAGGAAACAAAACCAAAAGGUAACUGAAGCGAUGUAAGCAAAUUGAUCUCCCCCUCUCAGCAGCAUCUUUAUUAAACUUCUGAUUUCCACCGAGUCCCCAGUUAGAUUCGAUCAGAAUUAAUGGCACCCCACCGCGUACUGUAACGGGCAGGUAAGAGAGGCGCGCGCACCCUCUCUGCUCCCGGAGUGUCACCUGUCAGAGAGAUGUCGGAGGGCGCGCGCACUCUGCCGGUGUUCCGGCGCUUCACCUAUUCGGUGGGGCACGUGCUGAACGACCUGUGCGCCUCCAUGUGGUUCACCUACCUGCUGCUGUACUACCAGUCGGUGCUCAGUUUCCGGGACUCCAGCGCCGGGCUGCUGCUGCUGUUCGGUCAGAUCGCGGACGGAAUCGCGACGCCGCUGGUCGGCUAUGAAUCGGACCGGACCCGAGGAUGCGGCUCGUACGGGAAACGCAAGUCGUGGCAUUUAGUCGGAACCAUCUGCGUGCUGCUGUCUUUCCCGUUCAUCUUCAACCCGUGCGUGGGCUGCGGCGAUGUGACGCCGCAGUGGGUGGGCCUCGUUUACUUCACCCCGUUCAUUAUCAUCUUCCAGUUUGGCUGGGCCUCCACUCAGAUCUCCCACCUGUCACUCAUACCAGAGCUGGUGACCUGCGAACAUGCCAAGGUGGAGCUCACGUCGUACAGGUACGCAUUCACUGUGCUGUCCAAUAUCACCGUAUACUCAGUGGCCUUGCUGCUGUUUCGCUUUCAGCACCCGGCAGAUCCGUCCGUCGCUGAACAGCUGAGUCACCUCGACGUCCCCAUAUUCAGGGACCUGGCGCUGAUCGUGCUGGGCAUCGGUGCCGUUUUCUCGCUCAUCUUCCACCUGGGUACACGAGAACGAACGCAGCUCGAGGCUGAGGAGAGCCGACCCCUGCUGUCUCACAACAGCCUGAACUCAGCGCCGCUGCUGCAGUGGAAACACUGGCUCAAAGAGCCGUCCUUCUACCAGGUGGCUGCUCUGUACAUGUGCACUCGCCUGAUCGUCAACCUCUCUCAGACCUACAUCUCCAUGUACCUCAUAAACUCCUUAUUCCUGCCAAAGAACUACAUCGCCACCAUUCCUCUGGUGCUGUACGUUAGCGGUUUGGUGUCCUCUCUGGCCAUGAAGCCGAUCAGCAAACGCCUCGGAGUUAACAUGACUUAUUUUGCUGGACUGGUGCCCAUCGUGGCGUUUGGUAUUUGGGCGCUGCUGGAUAUGAAGAUGGGCGUUCGUGUGUACGGGGCUGCCGUGUUGCUAGGCGCCGGGUCUGCCGUCAUUCUGGUGAUGUCGCUGUCCAUGACUGCCAAUCUCAUCGGAGAUCAGACGCAAAGUGGCGCGUUUGUGUACGGAGCCAUGAGCUUCACAGACAAGGUGGCCAACGGUCUUGCUGUAAUGAUCAUCCAGAGCCUGUACCCCUGUCAAAGUCUGGCUUGCUGCUCCGACUGCGUUUGGUUCUACCAUCACAUCAUGGUCGCUGUAACCGGGGGCGUCGGCAUCGUCGCCGCGCUCUGCCUCUGCAGCCUGUUUGUCUGGCCAAUCAAAAUUCGCCGAUGCUGAGGAUGUUUCUCCAGCAGACGGCCGUCUUGGUGAACAGAUUGUGUGCAGGUUUGUAGCUAAAUGCAGGAGAACGUCAAGAAAGUAACCAUCAGCGUGUUUGGGAAAAGGUGUAUGCAAGCACAAAGCUGCGAGUUUUUUCGUCGUGGAAUCAAUUAUUCAUGUCUGCACAAUGAACCUAACAAAUUAUGAGGAAGUAAAGCGGUCUGUAUUCACCGGAAACCUCCGCACAUGAUCACUACAAAGCAGAACUUCUUAAUUGUUCCUUUUUUCUCCGGCCUUCAGAUUUUUAAGAGCAGCACUGACUUUUUUUUUUUUUUUUUACGUUUUUCCGUACUUUUUUGGACUUCUGGAAGUCUUGAAGAUUGGAACUUGAUUUAACCUGAUUGCUCAGAAGGUGUUGGUUAAUUUUUUUUGUAACAAUAGUGUAGAUAGUAGAGCAGCUAACAUUGAUUAUCUUGCUUGCGUAGCAUCUGAAAAACAGGCUAUAUUAAGCAGCAAGUCAGUUCUCAAAUUUGAUGUGUUGGAAGCAGGAAAAAUGGGUGACUGAAAGGAUCUGAGCAACUUUCAAAAGAGCAUCAAUGACUGGCUCAAAAAUGGCAUGCCAUGGUGGUGUUCUCGGUACGCAGUGAUUAAUACCGAACAAAAGUGAU